AUGUGGCUAUCUGAAUCCCAAAAGUUUGGUGUUGCAUUCACAUUCGGUGGAUUUCUUUUCUUCAUAUUAGGUAUAAUAACAUUCUUUGAUCGUGCUUUACUGGCUCUUGGUAACCUUUUAUUUUUGAUUGGCGUCAUAUUAAUUAUUGGUUCCCAAAAGACUGUUGUAUUUUUCACAAGGCCAAAUAAGAGACGUGGGUCGAUCUUUUUCCUGUUCGGUAUAUUUCUAAUUCUAAUCAAAUGGACAUUUCUCGGGUUUAUAAUUGAAUCACUUGGUAUUGUGGGUCUAUUCGGUGAUUUCUUUGGUGUUAUUGUCCAAUUCUUAAGAUCCAUGCCUAUUAUUGGACCAAUCCUAUCACAUCCUGUAAUCGCCCCAGUUAUCGAUAAACUUGCAGGUGUAAGAGUUUUGCCAGUGUAA